AUGAAUGAGAUAAUAGUGAAGAUUAUAAAGAAGAGGAGUGUGGAGGAGGUGAGGACGGGCAGCUCCAACCACAAAGAAGCCAUUCUUUCUCGGACGACCAAUCUUUUUUUAGGACAAACAUUCAAGUAUAAGAAAACAUUAAAACUUUUGUUGAAGCAGGCGUCGGUGAAAAUGUCGUCUAAUUACAUAACUCUGAAGAGUAGUAAGAAAUACUUGAGGGUGAGGUGCGUAGAUCGUACUUGCCGGUGGAUGGUGCGUGCAUGUGCUAUCGGAGAAUCGGGUUGGUUUCACGUCCACAAGUACGUGGGAGAGCAUACUUGUGGCGUUGAUCAUGUCACGGGAAAGCACAAGAAUGUCACCGUGGAGGUCAUUGCCUCACUUAUUUUGAACUUUUUCGUCGACAACAAAGGCGUCAUUGCGAAGAACAUAGUUCGAGGUACGCCCGUGCAUGGAUAUGUAGUGCUUCCCGUAUUUUCAUAUAUUUUCAACGGCCUCAACCCCAGGUCUAUUAAUUACCUCAGGGUCGAUGAGGAGUCUGGCAGGUUUAUUUACUACUUUAUGGCGUUUGGGGCUUUCAUCUGUGGAUAUGCACACAUGAUAAAGGUCGUUGCCGUUGAUGGCACGCAUUUGUCCAGCAAGUACAAGGGCGUACUGUUGUCUGCUGUCGCUCAAGAUACGCAGAAUCAUAUCUAUCCCUUAGCAUAUUGUGUGGUGGAUAAGGAGAACGAUGCGUCGUGGGGCUUCUUCUUUGAGAAGCUUAAGGCCUUUGUCGUCGACGAACCAAAGUUGUGCGUUAUCUCCGACAGACACGCGUACACGUUGGAAGAAUUUAAUGACUACUUCAACGCCCUUAAAGAAAGAUGCCCCAGCGCAGCAGCUUGCCUCGAGCAUAAAGUAGGAUUUGAAAAGUGGAGCCGGGCUCACUUUCUAGGUAAUCGAUUCAACGUCAUGACCUCAAACAUCGCUGAGUCGCUCAACUCAAUGUUGCGCGAUGAAAGAGAGUAUCCAGUGGCGGCCAUUUUCAAUUCAAUUGCACAUAGAUUUGGAGAAAUAUUCAGGAAGAGGUAUGCGGAGGUGGACAAUUCAAAGACAACCUUCAUUCUCGUAGCCGAGACGAUCUUGAGGGAAAACAUGAUCGAGGGGGACAAAUUAUAUGUGAACAACAUAAACGGAAGCACCGACGAAUUCACCGUGCUUGGCUAUGGCCAUUCCGCAAAAGUUAAUCUUUCGAGACGGUCAUGUUCUUGCAGAAAGUAUGACUUGGUGAAAUUGACAUGCACUCAUGCAAUGGCAGCGUUGCGUUUGAAGCACGGGGACGAGUACGACACUAGCAUUUAUAACUACUCUUCGCAAAUAUAUUCGAAAGAAUCAUACCUCCUUGCAUACUUGGAACCUAUUUGUGCAACACCACUUGAUUCGAAGUGGAGUGUGGCGCGAGAGUAUCUUGAAAUGCAAGUUCUUCCACCCGACUUCGAUCCCAAACUAGAACGGAGAAAGGUGAAACGUGUUAAGGGUGUAUUGGAACCUUCAAGGUACAAGAAAAGAAACAAGUGCUCCAAGUGCAAAAGGCUGGGACAUAAGAGAACAACAUGCAACCUUAACGUAGGAUAG